AUGUUCAGGACGAAACGCUCAGGUCUUGUGCGGCGACUCUGGAGAAGUCGUUUGAUUCCAGAUAAAGAGGGGCACGAUGGAAAUGGCCAAAGUGGCGAGGGAUGCAGAGACGAUUUGUUUCCGAACAACCCGCAGAAGAUUCCAAAAACGGAGUUCCGACCGGUGACCCCCAGCGGGUCUUUCGUCGGUGACCCGGUGGACGGAGGCGCCCUAGGAGUGGUGGACCAAGAUGGGGGGACGCAGGACCAAGGGGGUCCCCGCUCCUUGCAGGACAGCGACUCCAGGACGGUGACGUGCUGCUUAUUUAAAGAACGGGACCACUCCGAGCUCAGGGCUCUAGAAGCGGCCCCGGAGAGCGGGGACCCCGGGUCGUGCCACUUGGCGGUCCGGGGCCUUGGCCAGCGGGACGCUGGCUCUCCGGAGGCGGGCCACGAGGCGAUGCCGCGCACCGUGCUGGAGCAAGAACUCAAGUCGGCCGCGCACUCGCUUUUAAAAAAACUCAAGGAGAAGGCGCUGGAUACUUUACUGGAGGCGGUGGAGUCUAGAGGCGGCCUCCCCAGCGACUGCGUACUGGUGUCUCGGACCGAGCUGAGGCUGGCCGGCCAUGUGGCGUCCCCGCAGCUGCUUGUUUGUAAACUGUACCGCUGGUCCGAUCUCCGGCACCCGGCCCAGCUCAAACCGCUCUGUGAGUGUAAAAGCUAUUGGGGCCCGGACAGUCCAACUGUAUGCUGCAACCCUUAUCACUACAGUCGCCUAUGUGGGCCAGAGUCACCCCCACCUCCAUAUUCAAGGCUCUCCCCUAAUGAAGAAUACAAGCCACUGGACCUGUCAGACUCCACAUUGUCUUACACUGAAACGGAGGCAACCGGCUCACCAAACGUCACACCAGGGGAAUUCUCAGAUGCCAGCAUGUCACCUGACGCCCCCAAGCAGAGCCACUGGUGCAACGUGGCGUACUGGGAGCACCGCACACGCGUGGGCCGCCUCUACACGGUGUACGAGCGCUCCGUCAGCAUUUUCUACGAUCUACCUCAGGGCACGGGCUUCUGCCUGGGCCAGCUCAACCUGGAGCAUCGCAGCAGCACGGUGCAGCGCACGCGCGGCAAAAUCGGCUACGGCAUCCUCCUCAGCAAAGAGCCGGACGGCGUGUGGGCGUACAACCGCAGCGAGCACCCCAUCUUCGUCAACUCGCCCACCCUGGACGCACCCGACGGGAGGAGCCUGGCGGUGCGGAAGGUGAUGCCGGGCUUCUCCGUCAAGGUGUUCGACUACGAGCGCUCGUGCCUGCUGCGCUACGCGGCCGAAGCCGACUUCCCGGACGGACCGUACGACCCCAACAGCGUGCGCAUCAGCUUCGCCAAGGGUUGGGGGCCCUGCUACUCCAGACAGUUCAUCACCUCCUGCCCUUGCUGGCUGGAGAUCCUCCUCAACAACCACAGAUAA